GUCGUCCGUCGGCCAGCUGAGCGAUGAACGAGUUCAGGAUUCACCACGACGUGAACGAGCUGCUCAGCCUGCUGCACGUGCGUGGAGGGGACGGAGCGGAGGGCUACAUAGACCUGCUGCAGAAACACAGGACUCCCUACGUCACCACGACUGUCUCCGCCCACAGCGCCAAGGUCAAACUAACAGAGUUCUCCAAAACACCCGAGGACUUCUUAAGGAAAUAUGAGGAGCUCAAGUCCAAAAACGUUCGUAACCUCGACCCUUUGUUGUAUCUGCUCUCCAAGCUCUGCGAGGAUAAAGAGACGCUUCAGUUUCUGCAGCAGAAUGCGAAGGAGAGGUCGGAGUCGCUGGCCAACACCAGCGCAGCCACGACCACCAGCUACACUCUGCCUCAAACCAGCACCAAGAUGUCCAUGCAGGAGCUGGACGAGCUGCGCAAGAAGCUCGGGAACGUCACUGCCAGUUCCAACGCUCCUCUGCCUGCCGAAGUCACCCGGAAGAUGCUCAGGGAGAAACACAACAAGAAGAACCCCACGCAGCCCAACCCGGUGUUCCCUAACUGGGUGUAUGACCGUCCAGCUCUGAUCGGAGACUUCAUCACCAGCAUCAGCACUGCAGGAGAUCCAGCCGUGGCCAUCGGUACGUUGCCCCUGGCAACCCAGGAACAAGCUCUGGUGGAGGACCUGCUGUUUGUCCUGAUUGGAGUUGACGGGCGGGAUGUCACUGCUCAGCCUGUCCUGGGGAGGCAGAACCGCUCCUUCAUACUCGAGGCCACUCUGGACAUGUCCAUCAAAGAGCUGGUUAACAGAAUAUUGCCAGUGGCAUCGUAUUACUCCACUAUAACACGGUUUAUUGAGGAGAAGUCAUCCUUUGAGUAUGGCCAGGUGAAUCAUGCCCUCACAGCAGCAAUGAGGACCCUGAUGAAGGAGUAUCUAAUCCUGGUCACCCAGCUGGAGCACCUCCAGCGGCAGGGCCUCCUGUCCCUGCAGAAGCUCUGGUUCUACAUCCAGCCCACAAUGAGAACCAUGGAGAUACUGGCGUCUAUAGCGUCCUCUGUGGAUAAAGGAGAAUGUAUGGGUGGAUCAACGCUGAGCCUCCUCCAUGACCGGACCUUCAACUACACGGGUGACAGCCAGGCGCAGGAGCUGUGUCUCUACCUCACCAAAGCAGCCAGCGUCCCAUACUUUGAAAUCCUGGAGAAGUGGAUCUACAGAGGCAUCAUCAAGGAUCCAUACAGCGAGUUCAUGGUGGAGGAGCACGAGCUGCAGAAGGAGAAGAUCCAGGAGGACUACAAUGACAAGUACUGGGAUCAGAGGUACACCAUCGUACAGCACCGGAUUCCCUCCUUUCUACAGAAAAUGGCAGACAAAAUAUUAAGUACAGGGAAGUACCUGAAUGUGGUGCGGGAGUGUGGCCGUGAUAUCAAGUGUCCCGAUGCCAGGGAGGUGCUGUACACCCUGAAGGAGAGGGCUUAUGUGGAGCAGAUAGAGAAGGCCUACAACUACGCCAGCCGGGUCCUUCUAGACUUCCUGAUGGAGGAGAAGGAGCUGGUCUCACGUCUGAGAUCAAUAAAGCACUACUUCUUGAUGGACAAAGGAGAUUUCUUUGUGCACUUCAUGGACCUGACGGAGGAGGAGCUGAAGAAGCCGGUGGACGACAUCGUUCCUCCUAGACUGGAAGCCCUCCUGGAGCUGGCGCUUCGGAUGAGCACAGCCAACACGGACCCCUUCAAAGACGACCUGAAGAUCGACCUGAUGCCUCAUGACGUCAUCACGCAGCUGCUGCGAGUGCUCGCCAUCGAGACCAAGCAAGAGAAGGCCAUCAUCAACGCUGACCCUCCAGACGUGGCGCUCAGCGGCCUGGAGGCCUUCUCCUUCGACUACAUCGUCAAGUGGCCCCUCUCGCUCAUCAUCAACAGGAAAGCUCUGACGCGCUACCAGAUGUUGUUCAGACACAUGUUCUCCUGCAAACACGUGGAGCGCCUGCUGUGCAACGUGUGGAUCAGUAACAAGGACUUCCGACAGUACUCUCUGCACUCUGCCAAGUGGUUUGCAGCAGCGUUCGCGCUACGCCAACGCAUGCUGAACUUCGUGCAGAACAUCCAGUACUACAUGAUGUUCGAGGUGAUGGAGCCCACCUGGCACGUCAUGGAGACCAACCUGAAGACGGCUUCCAACAUCGACGACGUGCUGUGCCAUCACACCAGCUUCCUGGACAACUGCCUGAAGGACUGCAUGCUGACCAACCCCGAGCUGCUGCGCAUCUUCUCCAAGCUCAUGUCCGUCUGCGUCAUGUUCACCAACUGCAUGCAGCGCUUCACUCAGAGCCUGAGGCUGGAGCGGCUCUCCAUGGAGCAGGGGACGAGGGACGGACCUCCAGCUCCGAGCCAGCAGGCUGACGAGGCAGAGAAGAAGAGGGUGACCACAAAGUUUCUCCCCGAACAUGUGGACACCCUCCAGUCGGACGCAGGAUUUGAAGCCACGAUCAGCAAGUUUGACAGUAACUUCAGCAUUCUGCUGCUGGACCUGCUGGACAAGCUGAGCAUCUACAGCACCAACGACUGUGAGCACAGCAUGAUCAGCAUCAUCUACAGGCUGGACUUUAACGGCUUCUACACGGAGCGGCUGGAGAGGAUGGCCAUCGAGCGCAGUCAGAAAGCAGCAGCAUAGCGUGGUAUCAGUGCUCCUCGUACCGACGCAUC